AGUGGCCCCUGCGAGCACUGGGCCGGCGGCCCCUUUGUGUCCUCCGGAGGCCCAGUCGCUUCUUUCCGGGCCCGCGGGGGUGGGUUCCCAUCAGACUCUCAGGGCAGGAGGUGGGCCGGAAUUGAGAUAGCCAGAGCCUUCGGGGCGGGGACGGGAUCUUCCCGCAGUUCACUUUUGCAGGUCUCCAGUAUGCUUUCUAUUGGAAGGAAGGGUGCAGCAGAAGGAAAGAGAAGCUGAAAAAUUCUAGGCUGGCGAUUCUGGAUGCUGCAAGGAAACCCUAGUUUUUCGUGUUCUCUUCCCCAUCUCAGUCAUCUGAGGACACUGCCAUUUCCCAAGAGAAGAGCCAAGAAGAGGAAAGAAUGGCUGUUGGACUUCUUAAAGCCAUGUACCAGGAGUUGGUAACCUUCAGAGAUGUGGCUGUAGAUUUCUCCCAAGAGGAGUGGGACUGUCUAAAUUCUUCCCAGAGGCAUCUGUACAGUAAUGUGAUGUUGGAGAACUAUAGGAUCUUGGUGUCCCUGGGACUUUGCUUUUCUAAGCCCAGUGUGAUAUUAUUGUUGGAACAAGGGAAAGAGCCCUGGAUGGUGAAGAGAGAGCUGGCAAAAGGCCUGUGCUCAGGCUGGGAAUCUAUGUGUGAGACUGAAGAAUUAACUUCAAAGCAGGACAUUUAUGAAGCACAAUCAUCACAAAAGAUAACAGAAAAACUCACAAGCUAUGGCCUUGAGUAUUCCAGUUUGAGAGAAGAAUGGAAAUGCGAGGGCCAUUUUGAGAGACAGCCAGUAAAUCAGAAAGCAUGUUUCAAGGAAGAGACAAUCACUCAUGAAGAAGCCCUCGUUAAUAAAAGAGCACAAGAAUAUAACAAAUCUUGGGGAAGUUUCCAUCCAAACACACUGCUUCAUACACAACAGAUAAUCACCAAAGAGGAGAAAGUACAUAAGCAUGAUACACAUAAGAAAAGCUUUAAAAAAAAUUUAAUGGCCAUUAAGCCCAAGAGUAUCUAUACAGAGAAGAGACUCUUGAAAUGUAAUGACUGUGAAAAAGUCUUUAGCCAGAGCUCAUCUCUUACACUUCAUCAAAGAAUUCAUACUGGAGAGAAACCAUAUAAAUGUGUAGAAUGUGGAAAAGCCUUCAGCCAGAGAUCAAAUCUUGUUCAACAUCAGAGGAUUCAUACUGGAGAGAAACCCUAUGAAUGUAAGGAAUGUAGGAAAGCCUUCAGUCAGAAUGCACACCUUGUUCAACAUCUGAGAGUUCAUACUGGAGAAAAACCUUAUGAAUGCAAGGUGUGUAGGAAAGCCUUUAGCCAGUUUGCUUACCUUGCUCAACAUCAGAGAGUUCAUACUGGAGAGAAACCUUAUGAAUGUAUUGAAUGUGGGAAAGCAUUUAGCAAUAGAUCAUCCAUUGCUCAACACCAGAGAGUUCAUACUGGUGAGAAACCAUACGAAUGUAAUGUCUGUGGGAAAGCAUUUAGCCUUCGUGCAUACCUUACUGUACACCAGAGAAUACAUACUGGAGAGAGACCCUAUGAAUGUAAGGAAUGUGGGAAGGCUUUCAGCCAGAAUUCACAUCUUGCUCAACAUCAGAGAAUUCAUACUGGAGAAAAACCUUAUAAAUGUCAAGAAUGUAGGAAAGCAUUCAGCCAGAUUGCCUACCUUGCCCAACAUCAAAGAGUUCAUACUGGAGAAAAACCCUAUGAAUGUAUUAAAUGUGGGAAGGCUUUUAGCAAUGACUCAUCCCUUACUCAACAUCAGAGAGUUCAUACUGGAGAGAAGCCUUAUGAAUGUAACGUUUGUGGAAAGGCUUUUAGUUACUGUGGAUCCCUUGCCCAACAUCAGAGAAUUCAUACUGGAGAGAGACCUUAUGAAUGUAAGGAAUGCAAGAAAACUUUCAGGCAGCAUGCACACCUUGCUCAUCAUCAGAGAAUCCAUCUUGGGGAGUCCCUCUCACCACCCAAUCCAGUCAAUCACCAAGUCCUCUAGACACUAUCUCAUAAAUAUUUCCAGAAUUUAUACUCUUUUCUCUUAUCUCAAAUGUUGUUGCCCUAGUCUAAGAUUCAUCUCACCUGCAUCACCAUGCUGUAGCUUUCUAACAGG